AAUGGUGGAUGCUAAACAAUUGAUACCUAUGAAGCGAUUUUUGGAGUCAUAGCAAGAUAAAAUCAAAUUAUUUUCUAUUGAUUAACCAGAACAAAUUCAUAUGUAAAUUAAUAAUCAUAUAUCAAGUUACCAUAAUAUAGGUCGUGUAACGAAAAUUGAAACAAAAACUUUAUAGGAAUAAAAAUCAAAUACAUCCAUAGGAUUCUUCGCACUUUAUGGUAUAAUGUAAUUAAAGAAUUGGUCAUAUUUAUUAUUGGUUACAGAAGCCAAUAUGGUUGGAUAAAUAUUGCAAAGAACAAUAUUGUAAGUAGAAUAGAUAAGUUUCUUACCCUUAGUUUCUAAUGGGAGAUUAAAUGAGUAAUACUAUUUAUUAAUCUAAUUUUUUUAGCAUUCAUGCUGAUGAUUAAACUUAUUGUAAAAUGUUAAAGGAAGUAUUUUCCACAAAAACAUUAUAUUUUAGUUAUGAAUAUGAUUUAUCUAAUCCCUUCGAUAAAGUUAUGGGGAAUAAUUCUCAAUUCGGUACUUAAUAAAAAACAAGUGAAGGACUACAUUAUUAUAAGAUUCCAAACUAUCGUUUUGUAUAUAAUUGGGAACAUAUCAAAUUUUUAAAUCAAUUUUAAAGUACUAAUCUACCAGCUUUACAAUAUUGGUAAACUAUAUUCAUAAGUGGAUGUGUUUUGAUUAGAUAUUGUAAACUAAAUCAAUAAUCUGAUUGUUUUUUAAUUUUGGUUAGUAGAAGAGAGACAUUAAGAUCAGGUAGAAGAUUUGUAUAAAGAGGAUGUGAUUAAGAUGGAAAUUGUACUAAUUUUGCAGAAACUGAAUAAAUAUUAAUACUCAAUAAACAAGAGUCAAGAGAUAUAUAUUCAUUUGUAUAAACUCGAGGAUCUAUGCCAUUUAAUUGGUAAUAAUAGCCAACAUUAAAAUGGGCACCUAAAGCAACUAUUAUAGGAGAUAGAUCAUAUAAUUCUGAAUUAUGUAAAAAACAUUUUGAAAAAUGUGCAGAAUCAUAUUAAUAAUUAUAAAUAAUUUUAAAUUUAAUUGAUAAAAAAGGAACAUAAAAAAUGUUAGGAGAAUAUUUUACAAGUAUGAUAAGUAGUGUUAAAACAGUAAAAACUAAAUAUGUUUGGUUUGAUUUUCAUCAUGAAUGUAGAAAUAUGAAAUAUGAGAAUCUUUCUAAAUUAUUAAAUGAAAUUAAAGAAGAUAUCAAAAAAUCAGGAUAUUUUCAUGCUGAAAUUGAUAAAAACAAUUAUAAUAUUUUAUCUAAUAUACAUUCAUAAUAAUCAGGAGUUGUAAGAACAAAUUGUAUGGAUUGUUUAGAUAGAACUAAUGUAGUUUAAUCAGUUGUUAGUAGAAAUUUCUUAUUACAUAUUUUAAAUUAAGCAAAUAUUAUCCAUACAUUAACAGGUGAAGCCUUAUAAGUAUUACCUAAUGAUCUUGAAUAAAUAUUUAGAGAUCAAUGGACUAAAAAUGCAGAUAUAAUGAGUGUUUUAUAUUCAGGAACUGGAGCAUUAAAAACUGAUUUUACAAGAACUGGUAAAAGAACAUUCUGGGGUUCAUUAUAAGAUGGUAAAAAUUCAUUACAUAGAUAUUAUAUUAAUAAUUUUGUUGAUGCUCAUAAUUAAGUAAAAUAAUAUUUAUAAAUAUUAGAAUUGUAUUGAUUUAGCAUUAGGAAAAUUGGAUGCAGAUAAAAUUAAUUAUAAAAAGUCAAAAUUUAAUGGAGUAUUACAACUUUUCAUUUUUGUAAUUUAAUAUUUUUAUUUUAUAGAUUAUAAUCUUAAUGUAUAUCAUGACAAGCUUUUUACCUGGAUUAAUUUUAGAUGAUUCAUCUACAUAUCGUAAUUCUUGUUUAAUUAAAUUAUUUAUUAUUGGGAUAAGUCUGUUUAUUACAAGUAAGAUUUUACUGAAAACAUAUUAUUUGUUUAUAUCCAAACCAAUAAGAGAUCAAAAUUGA